GGUUUUUCAGAUUUUCUGGUUCACAGCUUGACCCAGAAUCUUAUCCAAUCCAAUGAAUCCAGAGAAAAAACACCUCUCUCUCUGAAUAUACUCAAGAAGAGGAACUCACUCUCGCUUUGAUUCUCACCUCAAAGCCAUGGAAGCUAUUCUCCUCCGUUUCUAUACCACCACUGAUGGCGGCGGCGGUGGUGGAACGAGUAGAAGAACCAUUUCUCAAAUCCAUAUGAUGACUUCUACUCAUUUCUAUUUCUAUAACACCACCACCAACAUCAAGAACAGCAGGCUUAUUCAUUCUCGAAUUCUCUCAUCAUCUUCAUCCAAAACCUUAAUUUCAAUACCUCAAAAACCGUCUCAUUUCCCCAAAUUCGUCGAUGAUGAUAGUAAUGAAAAUCCCCAAAUUGCAAAUCCCACCACCAGCAGAAUUGAUAUCUUCAGAGAAAAACUCCUCUACUUGGAUUCAAUUGGAAUUGAUAUCUUCUCCAUUCUAAAACAACAGGAAGAAGAACAAAACGAUGGGAAAUAUGAAGAAGAAUUCAACACACUCAAUCUAAUUGUUUCAUCUUCUCUCGAUGAUAUGAAAUCAACUAUUGAUUUCAUAAGAUCAAUGGGUUUCAGUUCAAUUGAAUUCCGUAGGAUUUGUGGUAUGUGUCCUGAAAUACUUGCAUUUAAAGUUUCAGAAGUUAUUCCUGUAUUCACAUUCUUAUUAAGGGAAGCUAAAGUGAUGGGUUCUGAUAUUCGGAAAGUCAUCAAUCGAAGACCUAGAUUGCUAGUCUGCAAUGUCGAGAAGCGUCUGCGUCCGACAUUAUACUUCUUGCAGAGCAUUGGGAUAGCUGAGGUACAUAAACAUACAUCUUUACUGUCUUGCAGUGUUGAGGAUAAGUUUAUACCAAGGAUUGAGUAUUUGGAAAACAUUGGUUUUACUAAUGCUGAUGCUCUUUCAAUGUUGAGGAGAUUCCCGCAGUUGUUUUGUUAUAGUCUUAAGAAUAAUUUUGAGCCUAAAUUCGAUUACUUUUACCGCGAAAUGGGAAGGGAUUUAAAAGAGUUGAAGGAGUUUCCUCAGUAUUUUUCGUUUAGUUUAGAGAAUAGGAUCAAACCUAGGCAUUUGUGUUGUGUAGAGAAAGAUGUUCAUUUUCCACUUCCUGUAAUGUUAAAGACUUGUGAUACACAGUUUAGUGAUACAUUGGAGGUAUGUGGUAGUUCUUCUUUGCCUUUGAGAACUUCUCCAUUGUGGUGUACAAGUACAGAUUCCUAUAAUUCAAUACCAUGUUAACUUUCA